AUGGCAAACACACCACACGGCGGCGUGCUCAAGGACCUGAUUGCGCGCGAUGCCCCGCGGCGCAAGGAGCUCUUCGCCGAGGCGGAGACGCUGCCGGCGAUUGUGCUGAGCGAGAGGCAGCUGUGCGACUUGGAGCUGAUCCUGAACGGAGGAUUCUCGCCGCUCGAGGGCUUCCUCAACCAGAAGGACUACGACAGCGUGGUGCAGACGGAGCGCCUGAGCGACGGCAAUGUCUUCGCCAUGCCCAUCACGCUCGAUGUGGCCCAGCAGACCAUCGACGAGCUCGGAGUCAAGGCCGGGGCGCGCAUCGCCCUGCGCGACUUCCGCGACGACCGCAACCUGGCCAUCAUCACCGUCGACGACGUCUACCGGCCGAACAAGUCGGACGAGGCCAAGAAGGUGUUUGGCGGCGACGCCGAGCACCCGGCGGUCAAGUACCUCCACGAGAGCGUGCACGACUUGUACGUCGGCGGCAAGCUCGAGGCCAUCGACCGUCUGGAGCACUACGACUACGUCAGCCUGCGCUUCACCCCCGCCGAGCUGCGCUCGCACUUCGACAAGCUGGGCUGGUCCAAGGUCGUCGCCUUCCAGACGCGCAACCCCAUGCACCGCGCCCACCGCGAGCUGACGGUCCGCGCCGCCCGCGCCCGCCAGGCCAACGUGCUCAUCCACCCCGUCGUCGGCCUGACCAAGCCCGGCGACAUCGACCACUUCACCCGCGUGCGCGUCUACCAGGCCCUGCUGCCCCGCUACCCCAACGGCAUGGCCGCCCUCGCCCUGCUGCCCCUCGCCAUGCGCAUGGGCGGCCCCCGCGAGGCCAUCUGGCACGCCGUCAUCCGCAAGAACUUCGGCGCCACCCACUUCAUCGUCGGCCGCGACCACGCCGGGCCCGGCAAGAACUCAAAGGGCGACGAGUUCUACGGCCCCUACGACGCCCAGGACGCCGUCGAGAAGUACAAGGACGAGCUCGGCAUCGAGGUCGUCCCCUUCCAGAUGAUGACCUACCUGCCCGACACGGACGAGUACAAGCCCAAGGACGAGGUCGCCCAGGGCAUCAAGACGCUCGACAUCUCCGGCACCGAGCUGCGCAAGCGCCUGAGGACCGGCCAGGAGAUCCCCGAGUGGUUCUCCUACCCCGAGGUCGUCCGCGUCCUGCGCGAGUCCCACCCGCCCCGCUCCAAGCAGGGCUUCACCGUCUUCCUGACCGGCUACCAGAACUCGGGCAAGGACGCCAUCGCCCGCGCCCUCAACGUCACCCUCAACCAGCAGGGCGGCCGCUCCGUCUCGCUGCUGCUCGGCGACACCGUCCGCUCCGAGCUGUCCUCGGAGCUGGGCUUCAGCCGCCAGGACCGCGACACCAACAUCGCCCGCAUCGCCUUUGUCGCCUCGGAGCUGACCAAGUCGGGCGCCGCCGUCAUCGCCGCGCCCAUUGCGCCCUUUGAGGGCUCGCGCAAGAGCGCAAAGGAGCUCGUCGAGAAAUACGGCUCCUUCUACCUCAUCCACGUCGCCACACCGCUCGAGUACUGCGAGAAGACGGACAAGCGCGGCAUCUACGCCAAGGCGCGCGCCGGCGAGGUCAAGGGCUUCACCGGCGUCGACGACCCCUACGAGGCCCCCACCAACGCCGACCUCACCAUCGACAUCAGCAAGAGCAAUGUCCGCACCGCUGUCCACCAGAUCGUCCUCUUGCUCGAGGCUAGCGGUCUGUUGGAGCAGUUGUAG